AAUAGAUUAUUCAUACACAUUAUAUUAUUAUAUAAUUAUUGUGAUUUUGAUGUUACGAACAAUUGAACUAUUAUCAUGGUGGAUAUCUACAAUCAUAUAUUUGACUAGUUUAGUCAAUGAAAUAUGCGGGAAAUUAAUACGCAUUUCCCGCCAAAGAUCGUAACUAUUUUACUUGUUUCUUCUGUUCUCUUAGUAUCCUUCGAAUUAUUUGAGCUUUUAGUAUGAGUCGAGACAUAAAAAGGUAUACAAAUAUAGAUUAUGAAAAGGAUGACAUAAUGGCACAGAUAAACAAACGUUUUAAAUAUUCGCAACAAGGAAUAUUAGAUGAUAUAGCAUCUUCUAUUGAAUCCAUAGCUGAUUCAAUGCAGUCCAUCAAUGAAAAUCAUUCUGUAUUCUUGGAAGUUAAUAAAGCAUUGACGUUAUUUUUAUUAAAGAUAGAAAAAAAACAGAAGGAAAGAAAUUUUAAAGAAAUAGAAUCAAUAUCUGUUAAAGAGCGAUUAGAAAAUACUCCGUCAGAAGGAAGCAUUUAAAAAAAUAUUUACUAUUCGUAUAUGCAUACUCGUGUAUGUACGUUCUGUGAUAAAAUACAUUCAUCUAAUACGUA